GAAAAUUUUUUUUUUUCAUUUUUUUUUUCCUCUCUUUCUUUUACAUUUGUAGUUUUGUAAUUGAUUAUAUUACUUGCCAUGCCUGUAGCUUCACCAACCUCAGUAAAAGUUACUAUGGAACCGAUCAAUGAUUUAGUAUUGGAACAAAAAGGCCAACAGCAAUCACAGAAAGCAAGUGCUACGGUGUUACCUACGGUUGUCAAUAAUACCACUCAAUCUACUAUGGAUCAAAGCAUUGAAAGCAUAUCAAAGGAAGAAAUGAAAUACAAGAAACUUAUGAUGAAAGGUUUUAUUCAAGGUGCUUUACGGGAUUAUAGUCAGGGAAAUGCAGCCAAGUACAAUGAAUUGAUUGGACAACUGACGAAAAAACAUCAACAAGUAGACGCACCUUCUACUGUUCAACUUUAUGUUUGGGUCAUCACUCUCUCUGAAUGUGUGUCACAAUUGGAUCGAAAUUGUCAUGAAUUGGUUGUUGCUAUUCUUCAAUUGGAUUGGUCUGUGCGCUCUUCAAGUUUUGUUGAUGCUUAUAUUGGGUUUAUGAGGAAUCUUGUAUCUGCUCACUCGUUCUAUGUGGUACCGGCGUUGAAUUGUAUAGUUGAAGGUUUCCGAUAUCGCUACCAACUACCUCCUUACAGUACAACUACAAGAUCUGUCGCUUAUUCUCGUCAUCAUCAAGCAUUACAAGCCAUUCUGGAUUUAAUUCCUACUGCAUCCAACUCUUUAUAUGUAUCUAUCCAACGCAGUAUUCCAUUCAAGCAACGAAGUACGGCAGAUCAAGCAGCUUAUGUCAAGAAUAUUAUCGAAGUAAUGGAUUAUGUCCCAGUUCUAAGAAAGCAAAUCAUGUCCCUUUUGGUGGAUCAUUUGGUCAAAAUUGAUUCUCAUAUUCAGAUCGAAUUGGAUGAUUUGGAUGAAGAUGUGGAAUUUGGUACUUAUAAUAUGAAUUUUGACGAAGACUAUCAUAGCGAUAAUAGUGACAGCGAUGAUGAUGACAAUGAUGAUGAUGAUUCUGGGGAUGAUUUGGAUAAUGUGGAAUCAGAGGUGGACAGUGAUUUUGGUGAUGAUGAUGAUGAGGACAACAAAAACCAAUCAACCUCUCAAUCAAAACAAAUGCGUCAAGUAAGGUCGAUGGUACGACGACUGGAUUCUUUGAUGCAGUUAAUUUUUACUCACUUUGCAGCUUGUGCCAAAACCAAUUCACCUGUUACCUUGACGACUUCUUUCAACAACAACAAUAAUAUGACACGAUACUCAACUAUGGAUUUGCGAUCUGAAAUGUAUCAUAUUCUAUUAGAAACCUUUGAUCGAUCAGUGCUCAAGACAUUAAAAUCAAGAUAUACUCAAUUCUUACUCUUCUAUUUUUGUUCUCUGGAUCAACAUUAUACCGAUCACUUUUUGGACCAUCUUUUCCAACAUCUUACUGACCCUCUUCGUCCCAAUGUAACCCGAAUUGCUGCAGCUGCUUAUAUCUCAUCCUAUGUUGCCCGUGCCAAGUUUAUGAUGGCUCCCACCAUCCAGCGUGCCAUGUCCACUCUUUGCCAUUGGUGUGAAACUCUUUUGGAUCAACAUGAAGCUACGAUCAGUCUCAACAACAUGAACAAUAUGAACAGUACGGAUAAAUAUGAAGUAUUUUAUGCCUCAAUGCAAGCAAUCAUGUAUAUUUUUUGUUUCCGUUGGCGUGAUUUGAUUUUACGAGACGAAGAUGGAUUGGAUACUUUCAACAAUAAUGACAGCGAUGAUGAUGAUCUGAUAAUGGAAGGAAUCAAUGAUCACAAGGUGACUCAAUCUACAAUAGCAUCAAGUGAAGAAUUACAAUCAUUAGAUGGUAAAAAGUGGUGUCAUGGGUUACGCAAUAUGCCUCGACUAUUGAUGAACCGAUUCCAUCCACUCAAAGUGUGUUCUCCUCCAGUGGUCCGACAAUUCGCCAAAGUAGCUCAUCAGUCUCAUUUUAUGUACAUCUACCCUCUUUUGGAAAGGAACAAGGAUCUUAUGGUACCAGGAACCAAUGUCAACGCGAUAUCAGCAACAGGUGCAAAAAAUCUAUUACGUACUGUGCAAACCUUUUUCCCUUUUGAUCCUUACAAGCUGGAAGGUAGCCGGAAGUUUAUUGAAGGUAUUUACUUUGAAUGGAUUCCUACAGAAGACGAUGAUGACUCUUCCGACGACGAUGAUAACAACAGUGAUUCCGAAGAUGAAGAUGAUAUGUCUGCAGGCAUGACAGCCAUGAGCAUUAGUCCCAGUCCCGCUCAAUUUUUAUGAAAAUAACAACCAGUUUUUGAUACAACUAUGGAUUUCCACACAACUUUUUUUUUUUUUUUUUUUCUAGUAUAUCCCUUCCUUCUUCUCAUACAUAUACUUCCUCAUCUCAUCGUUUAGUUUUAUUCAUUCCAUUUUAUAAAUUUUAUCAAAUAAAAUUAUUCAUAUUGCAUUUUGUGUUGAACACCAAAAUCUUAAGACUUUAUUAUGACCUGAUCAAAAAUGAUAGCCUAUCUGAAUAUAUUCUAAUUUUUAUUUUACAAAAACAACCAUCAUAAAUUAUUCUCUAUCACCUCGUACCUUAU